GCAGACUUCAUGAGUUACUGAAAGGGAGCGCGUGUCUGGCCGGACCCCCUGUCCUGCAUCCAAGCUCCUCCAUUGGCUGAGACACACCCCCGUUACAUUAAUAACAUUAGCGGCACGCUUCAGCCGAGCGGGGCAGCCAAUCAGCUUGCAAGAAGCCCAGGAGCUGUAGUCCGAGCGCAAGACAGUAGGUAAAGGGGGGGAGAAAAGGAAUAAUAUGAAUGAUGAUAAUGAAAAGAAUAAGCCGGGGAGGGGUGCUGUGCCCUGGGGUAGCUUUGAUUGUUUUGCCGGGACUAUAUAAGGGGUUUUAGGAGAGUCGUGUGCCAGACACACAGCCGCUGAAUCGCAAGGCGCAUCACUUGAGCUGGAGAGCGGGGCGCGUGUCACACGGCAGUUGCACUCAUAAUACACUGUGAGCUGACAGUCGCAACCACGCCCGACAGGGAACACGCAGCAAGUCUACUGCACGACUAUAACCCGACGACUCGACCCAACUCACCUGCUGCUUCAGGGGCCAAACACCAAGUUAUAAAGAUGGUGCUGCUCAAGUGCGAGUACCGCGAUGAAGAGGAGGACCUGACCUCUGCCUCCCCCUGCUCCGUGACCUCCUCUUUCCGUUCCCCGGCGACGCAGACGUGCAGCUCGGACGAUGAGCAGCUCCUGAGUCCCACCAGCCCGGGACAGCACCAGGGGGAAGAGAACAGCCCGCGAUGCAGGAGGAGCCGAGGCCGCGCUCAGGGCAAGAGCGGAGAAACUGUGUUAAAGAUCAAGAAGACCCGGCGCGUUAAAGCUAACAACCGGGAAAGGAAUCGCAUGCACAACCUGAACUCUGCGCUUGAUUCCCUCAGGGAAGUGUUGCCCUCUUUACCUGAAGAUGCCAAACUCACCAAGAUAGAGACCUUGCGCUUUGCCUACAACUACAUCUGGGCUCUUAGCGAAACUUUGCGCCUUGGCGACCCAGUGCACCGAUCUGCUUCCACCCCAGCAGCAGCCAUAUUGGUGCAGGACUCCUCUUCAUCCCAGAGCCCCUCCUGGAGCUGCAGCUCGUCCCCUUCUUCCUCUUGUUGCUCCUUCUCCCCGGCCAGCCCUGCCAGCUCCACCUCGGACAGUAUUGAGUCCUGGCAGCCCUCUGAGCUCCACCUGAACCCCUUCAUGUCUGCCAGCAGCGCUUUCAUUUGAACUCCUGUUGGACUAUGAUGGAUUCUCACACUUCCAAUUGCUACAUAUGAAGAAUACCUCAGUGGGGCCCCAGUGCAAAUGAUUUUCCUGGGAACCCAGUUUAUUGAGCAUGAGCCCAUAUAGUGUAAUAAUAUCAUCCUGCAGUGACCAAAUUGCACUCUGUGGGUUCUGCUGAUGGGGAGAAGUGGGGGGCUUGAUCCCCCUGAGUUUGUGCUUACCUGUAUAGCAUUUACUCCCCCUGCUGUCAUGCCCCUGGCAUAUGAUGGAGUACAUUGCUGGGUCUAUUUUAUUAUCAGCAAUGUGAACUGAAACCUUGUAUUAAGAAACUGUGUAAGUUUAGAAUUCCUGAGCUGCACCUGUUCAAACUACAGCUAUCACCUUCCUGUUAUCAGGGGCUGCUGGGUAAUGUCAUUUGCCAGAGAGGUGUAGGUUGGAUGGGCACAGUGUUGAAACAUUAGUAGUUACAUUGUCCAGGGUGACUCCUUACACAUCAAUAGACUCACUUAGGGGAUAUAUAGGGUUAAAUAAAUACCAGCAUAUAAAUAUAUAUAGACUGCCUUAUUUAUAUUGUUUGAGAAGAGACUAGACUGGAA